CAUAAACUCCUAUUUGGUAAGUUAGUUGAAUUAAAUCAACAAGAAACAUUACAAGAUGCAGAAAAUUUUAUUUCUAUCGCUAUUUUUAACCUUAAUCGCCAUUCAAUGUGAAUCAACGCCGAUUUUUGAUCAUAUAAAACAAGGUUUUGAUAAAGCUCAUCAUGUUUUUCAUCAAUUUACCUGUAAAAUUAAAGAUCAUAGAGGAUGCGAAACUAAAACAAUAACGACGGAGUCGAUACCGACAACAAUUGAUCCUGUGGAUAUGAUCGAUAUUAGAGCUGGUAAUGAUCAAGACAUAAAUUUAAUUCCACUUACAACAAAUGAAGAAGAUAUAUACGAUGCUGAAGCAAAACGUAUAAUAAACGUUAAUACAUGUGCUGACGGAUAUAGAAGAGACCGAAGCGGAGUUUGUAGACAAAUUUAUUAAUUUUAAAAAUAAACUAUUAUCAUGCA